AUGCUAGAGAAUAUUAAUCGCACAGCAGAACUGAACCGCUCAGGUACCGUAUUUUACGAGAAUCUGCAAUUCCUGCCGAUGAUAUCGACAAUUAUCACUUGCAUGGACGGAUAUGUGUCUAAAGUGUCUUCAAGUGAAAAUAUUUUGACCAAUGUGGCAAGUACAUCAAAAGAACAAGCCGAAGAUAUCCCACUCGUACCAGGAGUGGCAGGAGUAAAAGUGCAGCCCAAUCCUUCGGACCAGGAGCUCUACGAAAUCAACGACGAUCCAGCUAAAUGGCCAAUCGACAAGUACACGCGUGAUCACAUUUGUAAGGACGGAGCCAAUCAAAACAUCCAAAAUGAUUUUCCCAAAAGUGAGCGCAUUUACAAAGAUAAAGCGCGACAGUUGUCGAGACAUUUAUUCGAACGUCAGCUUUUAAAUGGUGAAAAAGUUUCGCGAAAGUGGCUAAUUUAUUCCAAAAGUACUGGAUGUGUUUUUUGUGGUCCUUGUUUGCUUUUUAAUGACGGGGAGAGUCAAUUCGACAAAAAGAAGGUUUCAAUGACUGACUCGAGUGUCAACUCAUGA